AUGCCCGUUUUUCCGUCAAAACCUUUCCGCAGGAGUCAAACUCAAGCACAAGACCUAGGGGAGCGUAUUGCCGCAUCGUAUCGAAAUAAAGUUGCACGAAAUCCAUUUCUCUUCUUUGGACUCCCUUUUAUUGCCCUUAUGGUUUCUGCCUCUUUUCUCCUCACUCCUGCGACGGCACUGCGAUAUGAGAGUUACGACCGAAAGCACAAGCAAAUGACGGAUGAAGAGGUCAUGGAAUUAGGGCUCAAAGGACCGUCUGGCAAAGGGGGUCUCACAUAUAAUCCUCGAAGGAGGAAGUUGGUAAAAGGCGAGCUGAACGAAAGAGACGAGUACUACAGGCUUAUGGCGAAGGACCUCGAUAACUGGGAGCAGAAACGCGUGGAACGUUGGAAGGGCGAGCCAGAUGGAAGGCUAUGA